UCGAGAGCCGGGCGAGUCGGACGUACGAUCGCCCCAGCGAAUUGAAAAGAAAUAAACGUAACAGAUAAAACAAAGUGCAUUCGGCUAAUGGAAGUGGUGGCAAAAGUCAAAGCCACAUGAUAUUUUCCGGAAAAAAAAAACAAACAAAUUAUGCAUAAGCGUGUUUGGAGUAAUUAGCACAACGAUGCUGCUGGCGUCUGACCCCAAAAUCGGCCUAAUUUAUAUUUAAUGGCGAGUGGACAGGAUUCAGAACUGAACUGAAGUGCUCCCGACCCGGAUCCUGACCCAUUUGCAUAUGCAAAUAGUUCAAACUGCAGGCGAUUGAGUGGCAAACAAUCCGUACGUGCACGUGUCGAAAGUGUUAAACUGUGCCAAACAUAACCAGCAAACAAGGGGCAAAAAGCCAGUGAAUAAAUAGCCCGGUUCGUGUAAUGCGUCUACGAGGCUGACCCGUGUUCUAGCCGAAAAUCAAUUACAAUUUAUUGCCCGAGUAUGCCAAACGAUUCGCUGCUGCAACCACAAAAACGCAUCUGAAAAACAAUGCACCUCCAAUCAACGCUGACCGCCCCCUGGCUAUGCAAAUUAGCGAUUUCAGCGAUUUUGCUAAUUCUCCAGCAGAGUGCAAGCGUUGCCCUGCUGCUCAAGUGUCCGCUGCACCAGUUGCAGCUGCAGAAGAUCGUCGGAUUCCGUCCGCCACUGGAGUACCUGAAUGAGGGCAACCUGAUCUACGGCCCGGAAAUGCUGGGCACGGGCACCUUUGGGGACCAGGAGCUUCCGGCUAGCCAGGUGUGCUGGCGGAUCUGCAACGAGGAUCCCGACUGCAUCGCCUAUGUGCAUCUUCUGGACACGGACGAGUGUCAUGGCUACUCGUACUUCGAGCGCACCUCACGGUAUCUGGCCAUUUCGGGGGAACUGCCUUUGGUGGCCGAUGGCGAGGCCGUGUUCUACGAAAAGACCUGCCUCCGAGUUCCCGAUGCGUGCCGAGGGCGUCUCUGGGCACUGACCAAAAUACCCGGAAGUACGUUGGUCUUCCAGAGCAAGAAGACCAUUUCGACGCUGGUCACGCGGCGUGAGUGCGCCGAGCGCUGCUUCUUCGAAAGCCAAUUCAAAUGCCUCUCCGCCUCCUUUGCGCCCUCGUAUCGGAACAAUCGUGAGCGGUUCCGUGGCGAAGCGAGUCCUGGCCAGAGUCCCUCGCCCCGCCUGGGAAGGUGCAUGCUGAGCGACAGGGACAAGACCAUUCAGCCGGACGCCUUCCGGGCUGCUCCCUACGACGAGGAGUACAUGGAGAACCAGUGCCACGAGCGGCCCGUCGAAAGUGACAACUGUUCGUAUGAGCUAUAUGCCAACAGCAGCUUCAGCUACGCGGAGGCCAGGUAUUUGGGCCUCUCCCAGAAAGAGUGCCAGGCGCUGUGCUCGCACGAGACCAAGUUCUACUGCCAGGGCGUCUCCUUCCACUACGUGAACCAGGUCUCCCCAUCCGAGUGCCUCCUCCACUCCGAGGACAUCGUGUCCCUGGGACCUCGGAGCCUGAAGCUCCGCGAAAACUCCGUCUACAUGCGAAGGGUCAAGUGCCUGGAUGUCAGGGUUUUCUGCACCCGCGAUGAGAUGUCCAUCAAGUACAACCCCAAGGACUGGUUUGCGGGCAAGAUCUAUGCCAGCAUGCACUCUAAGGAAUGCCUGGCCAGGGGAUCCGGCAACGGAAGUGUCCUGCUGACUCUGCAGAUCGGCACCGAGCUUAAGGAGAGCCGCUGUGGCAUCCUGCGAGCUUAUGAAAUGACCCAGGCAUACCAAAGAACCUUCAUCUCCGCCCUGGUGGUCAUCCAGAACAACCCGAAUGUGCAGACGCAGGGCGACCGGCUGAUCAAGGUGGGAUGCAUACAGAGCAAUGCGACGGCUUCGCUGGGCGUUACAGUGCGGGACAGCAGCGCUGAAGCCUCCGAGCUUGUGCCCAGCGCCAUUGCCCUGGAGUCCUCGCUGGAGUACGCGGAGCACAUGUUCCCCCACGAGGGCGUGGUGCACUACAACAGCAGUACUGGCCCCCAUCCGCAUCCCAGCAUCUCGCUGCAGAUUGUGGAUCUGUCGCACCAGCACGAGACGAACGACGUGCAGAUUGGCCAGGACCUGGAGCUUCAGAUCGUAGCGGAGUACAGUCCGCAGCAGCUGGUGGAGUUGCAGUUGGCCCCACUUCCCGACUUUCGGGCCACCUCGCUGGUGGCCAAGACGGCGGACAACGAGAACUACGUGCUGCUGAUCGACGAGAGAGGAUGUCCCACGGAUGCCAGUGUGUUCCCCGCCUUGGAAAGGGUGCACUCCGCUAAUAGAAGCAUGCUGCGCGCCCGCUUUCAUGCCUUCAAGUUCUCGGGCACCGCCAACGUGAGCUUCGAUGUGAAGAUCCGCUUCUGCGUGGAGCGUUGCUCGCCCAGCAACUGUGUCAGUGCCUCCUGGCAGCGGAGAAGGCGGCACGCGGAUCAACCAGAGCGAAGACCGGAAGAUCUGCGCGUGCAGAACCCAGUGUACAUCUCCACCGUGGUGGAUGUGGCCCCCGAACAGGGCAGGCUGAACUAUUCCAGGGCGCCAGUGGAGGAACUGCCCCUGAACUACAAUAUACGGGUGCAUGGCCCCGAUCAGAGCAACGCGAAUAGCUUCAUGUACGGCCAGCGGGGAGUCCUCUUGAUUGCCGGGGUCGACGACCAACUGCAUCUGGACAACGUGUGCAUCAACCAAAGCCUGCUCAUCGCACUCUUCAUCUUCUGGCUGAUCUGCCAGGUGGCCCUGCUCUUUGGCUGCGGCAUGGUUCUCCAACGCUACCGCCGACUGGCCAAGCUGGAGGACGAGCGCCGGCGGCUGCACGAGGAGUACCUGGAGGCGAGACGAGUCCACUGGGCGGACCAGGGCGGAUACACACUCUAAUUUACGGCUGGGACGCAAUGCGUACAAAAUGCAUCUUAAUUUAAUAAACAUAAACCUAUGCGGAUCUUACAAACGAGA